CCGCCGCUGCCGAUGUCCCCGUGCGCGGGGGUGGGGGCAGUGGGUGCUGCCAGAGCGGCCCAGCCCCCGGGCGCCCGGCGGGGAGGCGGGGAGGCCCGGGACCAGCCCCGCUCCGAGCCCUCCUCCUCCCCCGCCCGCUGCCUUUUCCCCGCCACCUCUGCCGUCCGUUCGCCCGGCGCAGCCCUGCGGAGUCGGGGUGGCGGCGCCCGGGCGCCGGCCAUGGCCGUGCCAGCAGCGCUGCUCAGCCCCCACCACCUUCUCUCCUUCUGCUUCCCCGCCGCGGGCGGCCUCCUGGGCUAUGCCGACCUGGAGAAGGGCUAUGAGGGCGGCGGCGGCGGCGAUGCGGAGGACUUUAAAGAAGCUACCAGGGACCUACUGAGCUUCAUCGACUCGGCCUCCAGCAACAUCAAGCUGGCACUGGACAAGCCGGUGAAGUCCAAGCGAAAGGUGAACCACAGGAAGUACCUGCAGAAACAGAUCAAGCGUUGCACCGGCAUCAUCGCCGCCGCCCCCCCGCCGCCACCACCCGCUCCGCUCCCGCCGACCGCCGCCUCCUCCUCCCCUCCCGCCGUCUGCCCCGCCAAGCCCCCGCCGCGCCGGGAGGCCUCGCAGGCGGCCAGCAGCCUCCAGAGCAAGAGCCUGGCGGCCCUCUUCGGCUCCCUCCAGCAGGGCCGGGGGCCGGCGGGCAGCGGCGGAGAAGCGGCCAGCGGCGGAGCGGCGGGUGGUGGCGGCGGGGCGACGGGCGGCCCUCGAAAGGUGCCGCUGCGGGACCGUAACCUGCCGCCCUCCUUCUUUACGGAGCCAGCGUUGCCUCCCGCUGCCCGCGGACCGCCGCCGCCAGCCAAGGAGCUUGAGAAGGGCGGCGGCGGUGGAAGCGGCGCGGAGGCGACCGAGUUCUUCGAGCUGCUGGGCCCCGAGUACGGUGCGCUGCUGCCCGAGCACGCCGCUCCGCCGGACGCCUUCCCUGGCGGCGGCACCGCCCGCCUGCCCGCCGAGCUGGGCCUGGAGCACGGCCUCUACGAGUCGCCGCUGCCACUGUCCGCCGCCCACCACCCGCUGCUGGGCGGGCUGCUCUAUCCUGAGCCACCCUGGAGCCCGGCCGGGCCCUGCAGCCCGCCCAAGAAGGCGCCGGCCGAGGCACUGCGCCCACUCUACCCUGGCGGCGGGGAGCCAACCCCCAGCGGCGGCGGUGAGGAGCCGGGCGGGCAUCUCUCGGCGGGGUUCGCGCCCUUCUUCCCCGAAUGCUCGCUGCCCCCGCCGCAGGUGUCCUACGACUACAGCGCCGGCUACCACCGCUCCGCCUUCUCUGGCAUGUAG